AGGGCCUUGAGUUAUUCGUAGUUUACUGAAUGCACGGUGACUGAAUGAUUUCCCUUUUUGAUAGUGUGCCUCACCGAAGGACAUCAGAAGUGUCACAGCCAGCCUUCAUCACCCCCACCUCUCUGGGCGUGCUCUGAGCGGAUAUGGCGCCCCGCAAGGCCCGCGCGCCCAAGGCGGCCGCGCUGCCGCCCUCGCUGCCGGCCGGUCUGGUGGUCACCGACCUGACGCGGCGCACCUGGCGCAUCGGCGCGCCGGUCGGCUCCGGCGGCUUCGGCCUCAUCUACGGGGCCACGGCCGAGUCGGCGCCGCCGGCCGCCGGCGCCCAGUACGUCAUCAAGGUGGAGAGUCACGGCAGCGGGCCGCUCUUCUCCGAGAUGCACUGCUACAUGCGCGUGGCGCGUGCCGAGACGAUCGCCGCCUGGAAGAAGGCGCACGGUCUGAAGAAGUUCGGGAUGCCGCAGUUUGUCGCGAGCGGCUCGUUCGACCACGGCGGUCAGAAGUUCCGCUUCAUGGUGAUCGAGCGGUACGGCACCGACCUGCAGAAGCUGCUGGAGCAGAACAACCAUCGCUUCCCCAUGGCCACCAUCCUCCACAUCGGCAUCCAGGUGUUGGAUGUUCUGGAGUUUCUCCACAGCCAAGAGUACAUCCAUGGUGACAUCAAGGGCCAGAACCUCCUGCUUGGGCUCGAUAAAGACACAAAAGACUUGGUGCACCUGGUCGACUUUGGCCUGGCGUGCCGGUACGCCUUCGACGGCGUGCACAAAGAGUACAAGCCGGACGUGCGGAAGGCGCACAACGGCACCAUCGAGUUCACCAGUCGGGACGCGCACAUCGGCGCCCAGUCGCGGCGCGGCGACCUGGAGAUCCUCGGCUACAACCUGCUGCAGUGGGCCAGCGGCACGCUGCCCUGGAUGGACCGGCUGCAGAACGCCGAGCGGGUGGCAGACGAAAAGAACCGGCUCAUGGCUAACGUCCCGGCACUCGUCAAGGCCUGCUUCAAGAACGGGAUGCCCAAGGGAGCCGACACUCUGCAGCGGUUCCUGGCGGCCGUCGCCGCUCUGAAGUUCGACGAGCAGCCCAGCUACUCCGCACUGCGCGGCAUUCUGCAGGCCGGGCUCAAGUCGCUCGGCAACCCGCCCGCCCGGCUGGUCUUCGCAGCCGACUCGGACGUGUCGAGCCCGCGGUCGUCGGGCCGCGCCGCCCGGGACCGCUCUCCGCUGCACACGGACCAGGAGCCGGCCACGUCUCGCCGCCGGCCGGCCGCCGCCGCCAAGAGAGGAGGCCGGGGACGGGGCCGCGCCGCCGCCGCGUCCUCACACUCUUCCUCCGAGGGAGAGGAGGAGGAGGAGGAGCCGCCCCCUCAGCCGCUGGUGAACGGUCGCGGCGGAGGAAAGGGCGCGAAGGGAGGCGCGCGCGGAAAGAAGAGGCCGUCCGAGGAGAGUAUGGAGGAGAACGGGGCGGGGCCCGGACGCAGCAGCGGCGCCGGGAAGAAGGCCAGGAUGAACGGCAAGGCGGGCUCGGUGAGGUCCAGUGCCAACUCCUCCAGCACCGGCUCUAUCUACGACAACAUCAACCCGGCCAUGCAGGAGGUGCUCGACAAGAGGGCCAAGGCCGCCGAAAAGGCCAAGGCCAAGGCGAAGCCGCCAGUGGCCAAGUCGAAACUGAAGCCGUCGGCUGCAACUUCCGCCGCCAGUGGGGCGGCGAAGGGCCGGGCCGCGGCGGUGGCUGCCGACUCCCCCUCGGGCCGGGCGGCCGGCCGGCGGGUGGCCUCGCCGGGCCGGGGCCGCGCCGGCCGGCCGUCCGUCCCCGAUACCAACGGGGACAGCGAGGACAGCUUCCACACGCCGUCGGGCGCGCCGGCCCCGCGGCGCAGCGGCCGACUGAGCGGCAGUGGCGCCCUCAGCCCGCUGGCGCAGCCCCGCCGGGCCAUCCGCGGCGCCGACCUGUCGCCGGAGCUGUGGUGAGGUGCCGACAGGGCGCCGGGAGGGUCCGCGGUGAACCAGCGAACCGCCGACACUGCCGGGGAGGAUCCUUGGUGAACUGGUGAGAGCCGGGUAGCUAAGGAGGAUCCCUGAUAACCUGUCGUGGCGCCGACCACUGAGGCUAGUUCUCACUUCACUGUGGACGGGUGAGCCGCUGCUCGGUGGAAGAGAAGACUCCGAGGCGCCUGCCAGGACGAGUGAGACAUUCCGUUUGGUACUGGUGUGGAGCUGACGGCUGUGGAUGGUCGCGGCCGCCGGUGGUCGACGAGCUGUGGUGGACGCUGUGGAGAUUCAGCGCAGUGGGCGAGGAUGGCUCAGUGCGGUGGAGAUUCAGCGCAGUGGGCGCUGAGGUUCGUAUGGUCGCACACGGCUGGAGCCUUGAUGUGAGUUUCCCAGGGAGCAGUUGCCAAGACGCGGGAUGCGAUGACUGUGAAGUGGCUGGCGUUCGUUGCAAAGCCUAGCGCUGGGUUCUGGAGGUUCCUAACCGCCACCCGUUCGACUGACGACGCUGUGAUGUGGACUGUCGUGAGGUGUCUAGUUGAUCUGUGCAGUCCGCUUGGACGCCGGCGGGUCGGGUCGAGUGAUUCCCGCGGCGGGCCGGGUACCACGGGUUACGGGGCUCGGUCCGCUCCUCACCCCGCCCCGUGACGGCCAGUGAGGCGGAGGGCGCCUCGCGACGAGCUUCGGGCGCGCCCGGAGCGCUCGGAUAGCGCGCCGGGCACCGCGCGUUUCAAUGUAGAGCUGUGAUUUGCCGACUGAGGGUGUGAUGCUCAUUGCAAGAUUCUCAUUCCCAUCGAUGUGUCAUUUUUAAUGUCUAGAAGAUAUGUCUUCUUUUCUGCACGUAUUCUUCAGUAGCUACUGUGCUAAUAACUAUGUUUUGCUAAUAAACCUGUUUAUGCAGUGUCGCAUUCAGAAGGAGCAUCGAAGAAGACGCGAUUCACCAAAAGUUGGACGUCUUUCGCAACAAUCAGACGGGUUUGACACAAACUCAUCCGUUGUAUCAAAAGAUUUGUUUGACAUCCUGAAUGUUAGCUCCUAACUGCUUUCCCUUAUUGCUUCACCUCAGAGUGACUGAGUUGUGAGCUGCUUCCUGUACAAUGUUGUUUUUCACCGUGCGUAUCAAACGUGGACUAUGAAUUUCACUUUCAGCGCGAGACUUCGCAUUUUUUACGCUCCUGUCCUAUACGUUGUAAUAAAAUGGCUUCGAAAUGCA